AUGGCGACCACCAUAGACAACAGCAAUGCCGCACAGGGCUCUAAGAAGAAGCACCUGGGGAUCCCCGAGGCCGUGUUUGUGGAGGAUGUGGACUCCUACAUGAAGCAGCCGGGGAACGAGAGCGCAGACGCAGCACUCCGCAAACUGGACGAACAAUACCAGAAAUACAAAUACAUGGAGCUCAACCUGUCGCAGAAGAAACUCCGGUUGAAAAGUCAGAUUCCUCAAAUCAAACAGACGUUAGAAAUCCUUCGACACAUGCAGAAGAAAAAGGAGAGCACGGACCCCAUGGAGACGCACUUCCUUUUGGCCGAUAACGUUUACUGCAAAGCCUCCGUCCCUCCCACCGAUAAAGUCUGCUUAUGGUUAGGGGCUAACGUGAUGCUGGAGUACGACAUUGAUGAGGCCCAGGCGCUGCUGGAGAAGAACCUGUCCACAGCCUCCAGGAACCUGGAGACUCUGGAGGACGACCUGGACUUCCUCCGAGACCAGUUCACCACCACCGAAGUCAACAUGGCUCGCGUUUACAACUGGGACGUGAAGAGGCGGAGCAAAGAGAACCUCCUCAAGUCGCAGGAAAAGUCUUAA